AUGGGACAGUCUGUACAUGGAUACCAGUGUGGUGCAAGUGGAAUUGUCAUCAGAUCCCUCAUUCGCCUUCAUCGAUACAUUCUAGACAGCAGUGACUCAAUCUCUAGCGAAAUAUCUUCGCCGCAAAUCCGAGAAUACUCGCAUGCCACGCUUAAGACUUUAACCAGAAUGAUGGUGGAAAUUGCCCACGACCAUAUCCAGCGCUUAGCUCCGGAUCGCAUCGACUCGCUCCCGCUAACGUGCUCCUACAAUAUGCGCACCAUGGGGGAUUUCAUCGAAUAUCACCGGGGAAACUCCACCAAUAAUGUGUCUCCAACUGCUGUAGAUGAUUUUGCGACACUCUAUGAGGUUGCACGGAAAAGAUGGCCACAUACUGUGUGA